AUGCCCGAGCCAACAAAAAAAGCAGUUUCAGCAUUUUCCAAGAAACCAAAGACUCAGGAAGCAGAAGAGGAAUCCUCAGUGGUCUUUGAAGCAGAGACCGAGAAGCCUGAUUCUAAAGUAAAAUGGCAGUGCAACGCAAAGGACAUUGCAAGUGGCAAAAAAUACGAGAUCACAGCCAAUGGAAACAAGCACUCCCUCACUAUAACAGCUAUUGCCAAGGAAGAUGCCAAUGUCUAUGCAGUGAUUGCUGGGGGGUCAAAGGUCAAGUUUGAGCUGAAGGUCGUAUCAAAGCCAGAAGCUCCAGCUGAGGCCCCUGCUGAUGGAUCCGGGGAGCCCCAUGUAGAACCAGAGCAGACCCCUGCUUCACCCGAAGCAGCACCCACAGAGGAUAAGCCCGCUGCCCCAGCAAUUGAUGCUCCUCCAUCUGAGGACGGACAACCUCCAGACACCCGACAGGAUCUCACUGGCCUCUUCCUGGAGAAACCCAAAAGUGCAGAGGUCAUUGAAGGUCAAAAUAUCACGUUUGUGGCUAAAGUAAAUGCUGAAUCAUUGCUGAAAAAACCAACCAUCAAAUGGUUCAAAGGGAAGUGGAUGGACCUCGCCAGCAAAUCUGGAAAACACCUGCAGCUGAAAGAGUUGUAUGACCGCAACUCGAAGAUCUACACAUUUGAGAUGCAGAUCAUCACAGCCAAGGCUAACUUUGCUGGAGGUUACAGAUGUGAGGUGUCAUCUCGGGACAAGUUUGACAGCUGUAAUUUUGACUUGGCUGUACAUGAGGCUCGUGCUGCUGACACAGGCCUGGACAUAAGAGCAGCUUUUAGGCGGACUAGCAUAGACGGAAAAGAAGACUCAGGAGAGCUGGACUUCAGCACGUUAUUAAAGAAGAGCAGCAGUUUCAUUAAAUCCAAUCGAGCUGUGCAGACCAACACAGACUGUAAUGUGGAUGUGUGGGAUAUUCUCAAAGGUGCUCCUGCUUCAGAAUAUGAGAAGAUUGCUUUUCAGUACGGCAUCACCGACCUGAGAGGCAUGCUCAAGAGACUGAAGAAGAUGAAGAAAGAAGAGAAGAAAAGCAUAGCUUUCCUCAAAAAGAUGGAUCCUGCUUACCAAGUGGAAAAGGGACAUAAGAUAAAGUUAGAGGUUCAGGUUGCUAAUGAAGAUGUUGAUGUGAAAUGGCUGAAAAACGGACAAGAAAUUCAUCCAACCGGAAGCAAGUACAUCUUUGAGAGUGUUGGAAACAUGCGCUACCUCACGAUCAACCACUGCUCCUUGGCUGAUGAUGCAGCAUAUUGCUGUGUGGUGGGUGAUGAGAAAUCCACCACUGAGCUCUUUGUUAAAGAGCCUCCUGUCCAGAUUGUGAAGAAUCUGGAAGAUCAGAUGGUGAUGAAGGGCGAGCGGGUGGAGUUGGAGUGUGAAGUCUCAGAGGAAGGAGCCACUGUUAAAUGGGAGAAAGAUGGCGUGGAGCUGACAAGAGACGAGUCUUUCAAAUAUCGCUUCAAGAAAGAUGGCUGUAAACACAUCUUGAUUAUUAAUGAGGCUACAAAAGAAGACUGCGGCCACUACAAGGUUAAAACAAACGGCGGCGAGUCUAUGGCUGAGCUAAUGGUGCAGGAGAAAGACCUGGAGAUCUACCAGAGCAUUGCUGAUCUCACAGUGAAGGCGAAAGAUCAGGCGGUGUUCAAGUGUGAGGUCUCGGAUGAUACCGUGAAGGGUACCUGGUACAAGAACGGAGUAGAAGUCAAGGCUGAUGCGAGAGUUAAUAUCACACAUAUUGGCAGGAUCCACAAACUGACCAUUGAUGAGGUGAAACCUGAGGAUGAGGGAGACUACACUUUUGUGCCAGAUGGCUACGCUUACAAUCUUUCUGCAAAACUCAAUUUCUUGGAGGUGAAGAUUGAUUUUGUGCCGCGUCAAGAUCCUCCCAAGAUCCACCUGGACUGUAUGGGGCGCACUGCCGAUUCAACCAUCGUGGUGGUGGCUGGCAACAAGUUGCGUCUAGAUGUCCCUAUCACUGGAGACCCUGCUCCCACAGUGGUCUGGACCAAAGGACAGAAGAUCCUCACAGAGGGAGACGGGAGGGUCCAUGUGGAAACAACCAAAGGCCACUGUGUCUUCACUAUCGAGGGGGCCGAGAGGCAGGAUGAGGGAAUCUACUCCGUUGUGGUUCGCAACCCUGCUGGGGAAGACACUGCGGACAUUAAUGUGAAAGUUGUUGAUGUUCCUGAUCCUCCCCAGGCUCCCAAAAUCCUCAGUGUGGGAGAGGACUCUUGUGUUGUCCAAUGGGACCCCCCUCUGUUCGAUGGUGGACAGCCAAUCAUUGGCUAUGUGUUGGAGAGAAAGAAGAAAAGGAGCUUCAGGUGGAUGAGACUGAACUUUGACCCUUUCCCUGGCACAACCUAUGACGCCAAGCGGAUGAUUGAAGGAGUGGAGUAUGAGAUGCGAGUCUAUGCUGUUAAUGGCAUUGGCAUGUCGCGCCACAGUCCUGCCUCACAACCUUUUGUGCCAGUCGCUCCUACAAGUGAGCCCAUCGGACUCUGCGUGGACGACAUCAGUGACACUACUAUCUCGCUGAAGUGGCGGUCGCCUGAGAGGAUCGGCUCAUCUGAACUCGAGGGUUAUGGGGUUGAGUACUGCAAGGAGGGCACGGAUGAGUGGAUUCCAGCCAUUCAGGGUCUGACAGACAGGACAUCAUUGCUCAUCAGAGACCUCACCACCGGAGACAAGCUGCAGUUUCGUGUGCGGGCCUACAACACGGCGGGGCCAAGUGCUCCUGCCACUCUGGCUCAGCCCGUCACCAUCAGAGAGAUAAUGCAACGCCCUAAAAUUUGGCUUCCCAGAAAUCUCCGCCAGACUUUGAUCAAGAAAGUUGGAGACACCAUCAAUCUUGUGAUUCCUUUCCAGGGUAAACCCCGGCCUAAGGUUACAUGGAGUAAAGACGGGGAGCCUCUUAACCCCACACGCGUUAGUGUGAGGAACAGCGAGAUAGAUUCAAUCCUAUUCAUUCGCAAGGCAGACAGAACACAUUCAGGGAAGUACGAGCUCAAGGUGGAGAUUGAGAACGUGGAAGACAAUGCGAGCAUCACACUGCAGGUUGUUGACGUCCCAGGGCCCCCUGAGGCUGUGAAGAUCAUGGAUGUCUGGGGCUUCAAUGUGGCUCUAGAGUGGAAGCCACCUAAGGACAAUGGAAACAGUGAAAUAACUGGUUACACUGUUCAGAAAGCCGACAAGAAGACCAUGGAGUGGUUCACAGUCUAUGAACACUACCGGAGAACCAACUGCGGCGUGUCUGACCUCAUUAUGGGUAAUGAGUACUUCUUCCGUGUCUUUGCCAUCAACCUGGUGGGUCUCAGUCCAGAGCCCACCAACACAAAAGACAGCGCCUAUAUCCAGAAAACAGGUAUCGCAUACAAGCCGCCAUCCUACAAGGAGCCCGACUUCUCGCAGGCUCCCAAGUUCACGCAUCCUUUGGUGAACCGUUCUGUCAUAGCAGGAUACAACGCAACCCUCAGCUGCUCAGUCAGCGGCAUACCAAAGCCCAAAGUGACCUGGUACAAAAACAAGAUGGACAUCUCAAAUGAAGCCAAGUACCGGAUGCUCAGUAAGCAGGGUGUUCUGACGUUGGAGAUCCGUAAGCCCUGUGCGUUCGAUGGGGGAGUGUAUAUGUGCAAAGCGAUCAAUGCCAGUGGAGAGGACAUUGUGGAGUGUAAGCUGGAGGUUCGCCCUCAAAUUGUUAAAGAAGACAAGAAGAAGCAGCAGCAGCAGCAGCAGCAGCAGCAGCAGCAGCAGGCAGCAGAAUGAAGAGAAUAUGAAUUCAUCAUCAGUGACUCCUGCAUGUUGACUGUUUUGUGCCACGAGAAACUCUUCCCCUGCAUCACAAGAAUUGUUGUAUUUGCAUAAGUUCCUUCUUCUGUAAUCAUCUUGCAUCUGGUCAUCCUGGCUUUAUGUUACAAUGUGUAGAGCUGGUUUUCUGAACUUACCGAGGGUCAUACUUGCUGUUCAUUAAUAGAGAAACAGUAGUAUGUGUUAUUUAUCAACUCAUGAAGUCAUAGUUUGUCACUCUGUCCUCAUCCAUUUCAAAGACUAUACAUAAACGUGUCUCGGAAAAAAAAAAAGUGUCAAUCAAAUAUUGAUAAUAGUCAAAGAAAGUAACACUAUUUAUGAAAUGUGUUCAUGAUUGGUAGUCCUGUUUGUCAAUUAACAGAGGGAAAGAUUUGAUUAUAAUGUUUGGUUUUGUU